UGUGCAGAGGCCACAGCUAGAAAGCGGAAGCCGUGCGCAGCACGUGGGGGCGCCGCCGGUCGGAGGUUUCGGCGUCUUCUCUUCUAGUGGGACGAGAGGCUGGCCUCCGCGACAGCGGAGGAGGGGCGGGGCUCGGGGCCCUGGAGGGUCGCUGCAAAGCAGGGAGACCGGCUGAGCGUCAUGGAGGGCUCAGGGAAGCAGCCAGGCCCACAGCCACCGCGCCCCGGGGACCACUGCAUCCGCGACGGCGACUUCGUGGUGUUGAAACGGGAAGAUGUGUUCAAAGCCGUGCAAGUCCAAAGGAGAAAAAAAGUAACUUUCGAAAAACAGUGGUUCUAUCUGGAUAACGUCAUUGGCCAUAGUUAUGGAACCACAUUUGAAGUGACCAAUGGAGGAAGUCUUCAGCCCAAGAAGAGGAAGGAGGCGCCUACUUCAGAGACCAAGGAAGCAGGCACUGAUAAUCGAAAUAUAAUUGAUGACGGGAAAUCUCAGAAACUUACUCAAGAUGACAUAAAAGCGUUAAAGGACAAGGGCAUUAAAGGAGAGGAAAUAGUUCAGCAGUUAAUUGAAAAUAGUACAACAUUCCGAGACAAGACAGAAUUUGCUCAAGAUAAAUACAUAAAAAAGAAGAAAAAGAAAUAUGAAGCCAUCAUUACUGUUGUGAAGCCAUCCACCCGCAUUCUUUCAAUUAUGUAUUAUGCAAGAGAACCUGGAAAAAUUAACCAUAUGAGAUAUGAUACACUAGCCCAGAUGUUGACAUUGGGAAAUAUCCGUGCUGGCAAUAAAAUGAUUGUAAUGGAAACGUGUGCAGGCUUGGUGCUGGGUGCAAUGAUGGAACGAAUGGGAGGUUUUGGCUCCAUUAUUCAGCUGUACCCUGGAGCUGGACCAGUUCGGGCAGCAACAGCAUGUUUUGGAUUUCCUAAAUCUUUCCUCAGUGGUCUUUAUGAAUUCCCCCUCAACAAAGUGGACAGUCUCCUAAAUGGCACAUUUUGUGCUGAGAUGUUAUCUUCAGAGCCAAGAGACAGUGCUUCGGCUGAAGAAUGUAAUGGCGCACUGGAGGAGAAACCGACUUCAGAACAAGAGAACGAAGACAGCAUGGCAGAGGUGCCGGAGAGUAAUCACCCAGAGGAACAAGAAACAAUGGACAUUGUCUUGCAAGACCCGGAAUAUAAGGAGCCUAAAGAGAGAGAAAGCAAAAAGGAUUAUAUUCAGGAAAAACAGAGGAGACAAGAAGAACAGAGGAAAAGACAUUUAGAGGCUGCUGCUCUGCUGAGUGAAAGAAAUGCAGAUGGUUUAAUUGUAGCUAGUCGUUUCCAUCCUACUCCAUUGCUACUGUCUUUGCUGGACUUCGUGGCCCCUUCAAGGCCAUUUGUGGUCUACUGUCAGUAUAAAGAGCCUCUGUUGGAAUGCUACACAAAACUUCGGGAAAGAGGAGGGGUCAUCAACCUCAGGCUGUCUGAAACCUGGCUGAGAAAUUACCAGGUUUUGCCAGAUCGAAGUCAUCCUAAACUACUGAUGAGCGGAGGUGGGGGAUACCUUCUCUCAGGCUUCACUGUUGCCACUGACAACUUUAAAGCAGACCCCAGUCUUAAAUCCAACAUGAGCACUCUGGAAGUACACAAGACUCAAGAGCCAGCAGCUAAAAAACGGAAAUGCCCAGGGUCUGACUCUUAACCUUUUGAAAAUUGCUUUAAGUUUUGUUCUCAGGCAUUUUACAGUUAGUAAUUAAACUUUAAAUUCCAUUACUAAUUGUUUUUUCAUAUCCUAAGAAUAAGAACAUGUCUAUAUACCUGCUCCUGGAAAGGACGAGUAAGCCUUUUGUCCACCACUGACACAGAUAGUCUGUCAAAACCUUGAACCAAAAUACCCAAGCCUGGGUUAUGCAGUGGACUGCUAUAUGGCUAAUUCUGUUUAUUUCACAAAAAUCCUGUAAGUACUUUUGGUACUCUGUGCAAAUAUCUUGAGAAUUUAAGAAUAUAUUUAUACAGAACUUGAUUUAUAUGUUAAACUAAGCAAAAUAACACCAUAGCUAAACCUUGGGUACUGAAAAGAAGGAAUCUGUGGAAGAAAUUUCUACUGUUCAUUCUGCUCUCUUCAGCCUAAGCAGUAUGGAUGUGUGCGUGUAUGAGAUUUACAGUACCAAAAAUGUCUACCCUGUUCCCUCAGACAGCAGAAUAAACUUUUCAAAAAUGCUAGAUUUUAUUAUUUUAAUGGUUGAUGACCUAGGAAAGUUAAUGCGUAUUUAUUUUACUGCCAUUUUUUGCUGAUAGAAAGGUGUAAUAGGGUACUUUUUUGCAUUAAUUUGCCAAUUCUUUCAUUCUUUGUUCCAAAUAAAGACUGGAGUUUUUGUGUACUAUUCAAUUAAAGGAAAGAGGAAGGGUUUUUUCCUUACCCAGAGACUUUUGGGUGGAUACACACAUAUAUGUAUGUAUAUGUAAAUGUAUAUAGGUGUUGGUACAUACUUAUAUGUAUACACACACAUACAUAUGGAGACAGAAUGCAAUGUGUAUAUGAACUAUGACAAAGUUUAGUGCAGGGCUUAGACCAGUUCUCAUUGCAUUAGUGUCACUCCUUGUCAAAUGUAUUUUAAAGUGCCUUUUUUGGUGAUGAUUAAUGCUGGUUUGUUGAGCUCUGGCAUGAUUAGGUGGUUAACUUUUCUAAGCUCUGGAAAAAUAUGAUCAAAUUAUUUGGACAUCUGCUGCAGCCAAGAAAAGUGUUUAGAGUAAGCCAAGGCUCUUACUCAUUUGAGAGUAUGAGUCUUCCUCACAAAACAUGCUCACCAUGUGUAUUGUUCACAUUAUUAUAGAAGAGAUGCACAUCAUCCAGUGAGGAGCAUCUAAGAAAAAUAAAACUUUUUUCUUAAUAGCAUGUACUAUUCUGAUAAUGGCCAGUGUGAUUACCAACAAGUACAGUUUGAUUCCUUUUUCAUAAAACAAUUGCUUUUAAAGAAUAAAAGUGUUUCCUACUACGAUAUGUCUGACUUAACAUUAAUAGUACCGUCAGUGACACCAUGUUGCUUGUAACACAUGGUCUGUGUCAGAAAACAUGCCCAGACUUGUGCCUCAUUGAACGUGUUCUUGCAAAGUGCUGCCUAUAUACAGCCAGUCAAGUUUGGACAAGGACAUAAUAUGUGCACAGCUGGAUUCCAUGGUGGCUGGUUUCCACUGGUCACUGUUGGUAAGACCAUUUACUUGGGACUCGGCCACUUUCCAUGUCCUACCCCAGUCCGUUCAGUCUGGGGGUCUGUACUGCAAUUCCUUGUGUGUGUGCCCAUGUAGCUGCCCUGGAGUUUAUGUGUGGACUCAUUUCACACACCAGCAGCUGUGUGAGCCGUAAACUGUGUCUUAUCCUUAAGCUGUGUUACUUUUUUGUCAUUCCUAUAAUUUACUUCACUUUUGAGGACUGCUGAUUUAAUUUAGUGGCUUGAAAUUUAGUGUGACCAUAAUCCCCCAGAGGGCUUAUUAAACACAUUGUUGGGCCCCCAUCCCCACGUUUCUGAUCCAGUAGGUCUAGGGUGGUACAGAAAAAUUGAGUUUCUAAUAAAUUCCCAGGUGAUCUUGGUGCUGAUAGCCCAGGAAACACAAGAAACACACCUGGGUAGACAUCAACAUAGUGAGCUAAAUACAUGAUGUUUUCACCUUGUUUUUAAAGUGGACAUCUACCUUUAGAACAGAUGAGUGGAUAAUUCUAUGACUUCUGGAUAUCCAGCCACCAAGAGAGUUAUGUGAACUGCACUUUAAUGAGUGGUAAUUAAAAGUUAAAGACAAAUCAUUUUGUCAUGUCCAUCUUGUUUCUCCAUUGGAUAUGGGUACUUGGAAGUAUGCAGUGGUGCCAAUUAGAGGAUUUUUUAGCUUAUUAUCAGUGUCAUACUAAAAUUGUAUGAUGCAAGUUUUUUUCUAGCUUUAUUGAAUUAUCGACAUAGCAUUGUUAAAGGCAUACAAUGUGUUGAUACAUUUAUAUGUUGCAAAAUUAUUACCACCAUAGCAUUGGUUAACAACUGUAUCCCAUCAUGUAAUUACCAUUUCUUAAGAGUAAAAAACAUUUAAUAUCUA